AUGAAGAUCACAGCUACAUUUGCUAUACUUUCCCUAGCAACUUGUUGCUUCUUUUCAGGAUAUAUGUUAUGGAUCUCCUGUGCCAAAGAAGGGAAAUACAGAGGCCUUCUGACGAUUCGAUAUAAAGGUGUAUGCGAAGAGGAUAUUAUAUGUGAGCAGUAUUCUCCACCGAAGAAGGGUGAGCCAGUUGUGUGCACAAUGGAGUACGAGCCUAUCUGUGGCAGCGACGGUCUCACGCAUGGGAACAAGUGUGUUUUUUGUGCUGCCAGAUGGCAAAGUGGAGGCACUCUAACAAUACGGUAUAAAGGUGAAUGUAAAGAGGAGGGCAAAUACUGA